UCACAUUCUGUGGCAAACACCUGAUGAGAGAGCCGUGUCACUCUGAGAGGAAUCCAUAGCUGCAGCGCUAAGAAACUACUCACUCCUGCCGUGGACGAAGCAUCUUCACCAUGGGGAGGGUUAUCAAGGAAGUGUCAGGUCAGGUAUUAAGCUUCAUAGGCCUGCUCUUGGCUGCAGUGUCCUGUGGUGUCCCCAUGUGGAGAGUGACCUCCUACGUUGGAGCCAACAUUGUAACAGGUCAGAUCGUCUGGGACGGACUGUGGAUGAACUGUGUGAUGCAGAGUACGGGUCAGAUGCAGUGCAAGCUCAACGAGUCAUUGAUGAGGCUGUCGCAGGAUCUGCAGGCCGCCCGAGCGUUAGUCGUCAUCUGCCUGCUCUGUGGCUUCGUCGGCUUCAUGAUCACAUUUAUUGGUGCCAAGUGCACCAGCUGCCUGAAGAAAGAUGCUAGUAACGCCACUGUGGUGAUCAUAGGUGGGUGUCUCAUCAUUCUCGCUGCAAUCCUGAUCCUGGUCCCUGUCUGCUGGUCUGCAGCCAUCAGCAUCUCAGACUUCCAGAGCGUCUUGACCAUCGAGACACAGAAGAGGGAAAUUGGAGGUUCUAUCUACAUCGGUUGGGCUUCAGCGGCAUUUCUUCUGAUUGGAGGGAUCAUCCUGACCACAUCAUGUCCUCCCAACAAGCCCGUAAUUCCAGGAUAUGGAGCACCGAUGUACCCCUAUGGACCAGCAAACACAGCAGUAUAUGCUCCAGUGUAUGCUCCUCCAGGCAGCCAGCCGUACACCGGUACUUACUCUGGGACUUAUGCACCUGCCAAACCUUACGCAGCACCAACCACAUACUCUCCUCGGCAGUAUCUUUAAAACUAAAGGGACAGACAGAGCACAGAGACUAAAUGUCCACUAGGGCUUCAUGAACUUGAGUUGCCAUUGUAUAAUACAAUUGUAUCAAAAUAUAUGUAUUUUUAGAAGAUGUUAUGUAAGCCACCAAAAUGUGAUGUAGUGUGAUCAAUAACUAUGAUUCCAAUCUGAUUUCUGUUUUGGUUGGUUUAUUGUUUCAAAGUAGAAAUCAUUGACAAAGGAGGAAUGUUGUUCCUUCUUGAGCAACUAAUAAUAACUUUUCAUAAGGAAACUACUCUCCAUGUAUUUAUUCUUCUGAACACACAGCAGACUUGCUUUGAUUUAUUGUUUGUUUUCUGAAAAACAAAACAACUUCAAUAAAAUAAUUGUGCAUUUUUA